UUCUUCCUCUGAACUUUUUUUAAUCAAAAAAUAAGCCAAGUGACCACAUUCUUUCAUAUUUCGUUUUAGAAAGCAGCUUUUUCUAUUAUUUGAGUUAACCUCUAUCUUGAUGGAGUCGGACUUCAAUAAUCUUCAAUGUAUUUAUUCAACUUCCGACCAUGAUUUCACCGUUUAAUAUUAGGUUUUCUUUGACGAAGACCACCUCAUUGAAGCAGCAACCGAAGUGAUCAAGUUGCAGGAUGGUGACGCAUGUCAUGAUGGUUCAGACUGUCAUUAUGUGCCUUGGGAUCAGAUGUCCCCUCCGUUGCUCAGUGGUGAAGGUGCUAGUCAAAGAUGGAAUGAAAAUCGUACCUAGGCAGCCUUUGUAUAUUAAAGAUAAAUUAAAAACGGAGGACAUUAUUAGGCUCAUUUCUAGUUGUCCAAGACCAGAAUCAGCGACUCGUAGGAUUUUGGAGCUGAACCAUUGUUCACGUGUUGGUAUUUUCUUAAUGGAAGAUGUGUUAAUGGACCAGGAUGGUGCUGAUCCAGAUAGCAUUCCAUUGGCAGGGCUUCAUAAACAAAAUGUUCGGAGAUGGUAUAAAAACUUCAAGAACUUUGAUUAUGUAAUGGACCACACGGAUCAUUUUUAUUCGGCACAAGAUCCUGCAAUGAACCAGAUGCCAGAAGACUGGGCUGGCAAGAUACACGGAGAGUUGAGGAUCCUUGAGGAACAGUUACCUAAGACCAUAUAUGUGAUAUGUGAGGGCUUAUGAAUCGAGGAUGGAUCUUUUAAGAGCGGUAAUCAUCGGACCUGAUGGUACUCCUUAUCAUGGGGGUCUCUUCUUCUUUGAUGUGUGUUUCACAAGCAACUAUCCUGAUAGCCCGCCUCUUGUGCAUUAUCACUCUGGUGGUCUGGUUAUUAAUCCAAAUCUAUAAAAGUGUGGUGAGGUCUGUUUGAAGCUUCCUACUAAAAGUGGUGGGUGGGAGUUGAUGUGGGUGCCUGGCACUACGACUAUGCUCUAAAGUCUGGUCUCCAUACAUAAUCAGAUUUUGAAGGCCGAUCCGUUGUUCAAUGAACCUGCAUAUGCAACUAUGAAAGGCUCUUUUGACAAAGAAUAUGCUUCAUUCCUAUACAAUGAGACUGCUUUUAUUAAAUCACUGAAAACAAUGUUGUAUACCAUGAACAAACCACCCAGGGUAAGAUUUCGAGUUUUUUCCCCCUUCGUUCCCUUCUACUUGUUUAGUAUGUUUAUCUAAUGAGAUGAUGUUGGAUGCCCGCAAAACUUUGAGAAAUUUGUGGCCGCUCAUUUUCGCAUUCGUGCCCGUGAUAUUCUUCUUUUGGCGCGGAACAAGCAGCUCUAUUCAAGCACGUUCCUGAAAGAUUUGCGUGCAUGCAUCAAACCACUUGUAGCUGCAUUUAACAAAACCAGGCCACAGGAGCAGAAAAUAAGACUUAGGGAGAAAGAAGAACAGUAAUUGAAAGACAUACUUGCAACUUGGGUGAAUGGAUCAGGGAUAUUUUUAUGUUUAUUUUGAUGACCGUAGUAGGGUCUUAGAUGUUACAAUCUUUUGGUUCAGGUUUGAAUGCUUUGAACUUAUUGUUCUUGUCUGUUCAUUGCUAGCAAAGGUAUCUCUGUGUUUCUUUUCCUUCUUUGAUUUCACAUAAUGGAGGAACUUUCGAAUCUUAUCCGA